AUGUUGCUGUGGCUGGUUUUGUUCCUGCCUGCGCACUCCUCGGCUCAGCGAUCAGAGCCCAUGUUCUCAGCUAUAACGAAGACCGUCCUUGCUCCUGACUACGACAACAACCCCACCCAGCUCAACUACGGAGUGGCCGUCACUGAUGUGGAUGGGGAUGGAGACCUGGAGAUAUUUGUAGCUGGCUACAACGGCCCAAAUCUGGUGCUGAAGUACGACAAGCAGAGGAAGAGGCUUGUCAACAUCGCUGUUGACAACCGCAGCUCCCCUUUCUAUGCCCUGAGAGACCGACAAGGCAACGCCAUCGGAGUGACAGCGUGUGACAUCGACGGAGACGGUCGGGAGGAGAUUUAUGUGCUCAACACCAAUAACGCCUUCUCUGGUCGGGCAACAUAUUCUGACAAGCUGUUUAAGUUCCGUAAUGGACGCUUUGAAGACCUACUGAACGAUGACAUUAACGAACACAGAGACGUGGCCAACCGUAUGGCUGGGCGCUCAGUGGCCUGUGUGGACAGAAAGGGUACAGGGCGUUAUGCUAUCUACAUAGCUAACUAUGCCAGCGGCAACGUGGGUCCUCAUGCUCUCAUAGAAAUGGACGAGGGAGCAAGUGACCUUUCGCAGGGCGUCAUUGCCCUCUCCAGUGUGGCGGAGGAGGCUGGAGUCAACAAGUUCACUGGAGGGCGAGGUGUAGUGGUGGGGCCCAUCGUCAGUCAAACGCUGUCCGAUGUGUUUUGUGACAACGAGUACGGACCCAACUUCCUGUUCAAGAACAAUGGAGAUGGAACUUUCACGGAUGUGGCGCAGCAGGCUGGUGUGGAGGACCCCAUGCAGCAUGGCAGAGGGGUUGCUCUGGCAGACUUCAACCGCGACGGCAAGACAGACAUCGUCUACGGGAACUGGAAUGGACCUCACCGCCUUUACAUGCAGCUGAAUAACCGCAAACAGAAGUUCAAGGACAUAGCAUCCCAGAAGUUUGCCAUGCCGUCCCCGGUUCGCACCGUUAUCGUUGCAGACUUUGACAACGACAACGAGCUGGAGGUCUUCUUCAAUAACAUCGCCUACAGGGGCCCCUCCGCCAACAGGCUCUUCAGGGUGAGCAGGAGAGAGCAUGGAGACCCCCAGAUAGAAGAGCUGAAUGUUGGGGAGGCAUCAGAGCCUGAAGGACGAGGAACCGGAGCUGUAGCCACAGACUUUGAUGGUGAUGGGCGUCUGGAACUGCUGGUGUCUCACGGUGAAAGUGCAGCACAGCCGCUUUCUGUCUAUAAAGUCAACCAGGGCACCACUAACUCAUGGCUGCGGGUGAUUCCACGGACCAAGUUUGGUGCAUUCGCCAGAGGAGCUAAAGUGGUGGUGUACACAAAAAAGACCGGCCCACACACACGGAUCAUCGAUGGUGGCUCGGGAUACCUGUGUGAGAUGGAGCCUGUCGCCCACUUUGGCCUUGGUAAGGAUGUAGCAACCAAUGUCGAGGUGUACUGGCCAGAUGGUCGGUCAGUGGCCCGACCCCUGGAACCUUCGGAGAUCAACACAGUGCUGGAGAUCGACUAUCCAAGGGACGAGGAGGACGUCACUCCUACUGUGGAGAUAGAGUGUGGUGAUGGCUUUGCGUUGAAUGAGAAUGGCCGCUGCACUGACAAAGAUGAGUGUACCCAGUUCCCCUCUGUGUGCCCCUCUGACCGCCCCGUCUGCACCAACACCUAUGGCAACUAUAAGUGCCGCGCCAAGAGGAGAUGCAACCAGGGCUUUGAGCCCAACGAUGAUGGGUCAGCCUGUGUGGCCCAGGUGGCUUACUUUGGAGGUACACGGUCUUCUGGGGAACGCAAGUGGUCGGGCCUUUCUUUCUGGUUGCUCUCUGUCUCUGUGCUACCACUCCUCUCUACCCAUCUUCAGACUGGACUACUGUAG